GACACGUGUCAUUUUUUCCUCAUUAAAAUUGCAUUUUUUCACUCGGUUGGACGAAGCGCGAGGGUAGGUUCGAAUCCUUACACAAGUAUGCGCAAUGGCUACGAAGAAAAUGGAAAUAUUGAUACACCCACUGCGAAUUUUGCAAUGCCUCGGCCUGUGGCGUCCAGAGCACUGGAAAUCAUCUUGGAAAGCGAAACUCUACAAUUUGUACACGUGCUUCGUAGUGUUUUUCAUAACGUCGAUUACAGUCUCCGAAUUAAUAGCUCUUUUCUUGUCGACCGACGAUAUCGAAGUAUUUGCUAAUACUUCCUUCAUCGCACUCACCAUGAUUGGCAUCUGUGGAAAAACUUUUAACGUUAUUAUAAAACGGAAAGAGCUGCUCGGCGUUAUCGAGACGCUCCGGGAAGCUCCCUGUCAUCCGAGAACUGACGAGGAAUUCAGCAUCCACGAAUACUUCAAUCACGUAACCAAACUGAAUACUUUAGGCUACGGUGCACUGACAGGAUUCGGAGCGUCAUCCGUGCUAGUUCGUUCGUUUCAAAACAUAGCAAAACACGAAGUAACUUACGAUGCAUGGGUUCCUUACGACGAUAAAUCUCCACUCGGUUCCUGCCUUCUGAAUUUGCAUCAAAUUUUUGCUCACACUAUGGGUGCUGGUAUAAACGUUGCUUUCGACACCCUCGUGCCUGGCGUGAUGCUUCUCACAUGCGGACAACUGAACAUAUUAAAACUGCGAUUCCAAAAAAUCCCUGAACAGAUUUCCAGCCCGCAGGCUCGUGACAAGGAAAAUCCGGAUUCGGGGGUAAACAGUACGGAAACAGAGAUGUUGGCUGAUUGUGUUGAGCAUCAUCUUCUAAUUUUCAAACUGGCCAAAACGUUAAACAACAUAUUUAAUUCGAUGAUAUUCGUUCAGUACAGCUUGAGUACAAUCGUCCUGUGCGUCAGUGUCUUAGAAUUGACGCACAUGCAGCCCACGAGUGUAGAAGGUGCAGGCGUCCUGAUGUAUCUCGCGUGCAUGUUGUUGCAGAUAUUUAUUUAUUGCUUGUACGGUGAUCAGGUGACAAAUGAGAGUUUAGCAGUUGGUGACGCAGUUUUCGGAUCAGAUUGGCCAUUGCUGAGUGUCAAAACGAAACGAACGUUAAUUACGAUAAUGGCUCGCACACUGAGGCCAAUAAUAUUCACGAGUGGUCACGUCGUUACUCUGAAUCUCGAAUCCUUCAACAGUCUUCUGAAACUAUCCUAUUCAACUUACAACGUACUUCAAAAAUCACCGGAUCAGUGAAAACGACGAUGAAAGAAAAAAUGAGUAUACGAACCGAUAAAUACUAAUGGUAGUCAAUAAAAAC